UGCAAUUAGCGCUCUCGCUUUGAAUCCCAGUUCUGACGUGCUUCAUCGGCAACUGCGUCUUUCAACUUUUCUCAAAGAAGUCGAACAGAAGAAAUUGCAAGUAAAAGCGUUGCGCCUUUUAUUUUUUCCAUUUUAUGUUAGUCAAAAGGCCAUCAUGAAAAUAUCUGGAGAUGCAAGGAUUCCUUGUCCUGGUGUGCAUGUUGUCACCCUAUUGCUUGCGUUUACUCUGGCGGCGCAACAACCUCUGUCUUCCCAAGCGUUUGCUCCCCUUGGCCUGAUCGUCGACACACCUGCUGUGGUCAAGAGGAAAAUGACGUUCCUGCUGCAGGAGUCUCGCUUCAAGGCGGACAAAGGAGAGACCGGACCUUCAUCUUCUUCUUCCUUUGACCCUUUUCUGCUUUCGGACAGCACCGAAAUUACCGAAAUUUCGACCCUUACCGACAUGCAGAUAGAAGACUUGCAAAAAUCACAAGAAAAGGAUGGCGGCCUUUCUAUAUGGGCAGCGCGUGGGCUUUUGCUCCUCGUAGCCGCUAUUUGGGGCACCAAUUUUGCGAGCGUCAAGUACCUCGAGACUCUAUGCUUCCAUCCUCCGUGCCACCAUCCGCCUUCCGAAUUUGCCUUUGCACGAUUCGGUUUAGCAGCGUUGGUCAGUUUUCCUCUUUUGAUUAAUCAACGCAAGGACGUGAUUCUCGCCGGACUCGAAUGCGGAAUUUGGAUCACCCUCGGUUACGUGUGCCAGGCGGUGGCCUUGGCAGAUAUUUCCAGUGGAAAAUGCGCCUUUAUUUGCAGUCUCACAGUAGUCUUUGUGCCCGUCGUUUCGGCGAUUUUGUACGGCAAACCCAUCAAACCCAUGAAUGUGGCCGCCGCCAUGGUUGCUCUGGCAGGUGUAGGUGUACUCGAGGGCAUGUUAGGUAUACCCGAAAUGCUGGGUAUCCAAGCGGCAUCUGCCCAGACGGAAGUUGUACCGUCGACUACGAAUGCGCUAGCAUCAUCAUCGCUCGAAACCGCUUCGGCUAUAGGACCUAUCCAGUCCGUUGCCAAUGCCUUGGGUGUGCAGCGAGGCGACAUCUUGGCUCUUGGUCAGCCGAUUGGGUUCGGAUACAGCUUUUGCCGUAUCGAACACUACCAGGAAAAGUUCGAAAACGUUCCAAACCGCGUUCUUACUAUUGCCGCGGCACAAUGCGUUGCCGCAGGAUUUCUGAGUAUGAUGUGGGUCUUGUCGGACUAUCAGUGGCAUUUCCCGGACUUUGGCUACCUGGCGGAGCCUCAUCGCGUGGCCACAAUUGCAUGGACGGGUAUGGUCACGACCGUGUUUGCAAUAUUUUUGGAAGGAAUCGCUCUCCAAAAAGCCACCGCGACUGACGCUGCCAUUACAUUUUCCAGCGAACCGGUCUGGGCAAGUUUGUUUGGACUCGCGCUUUUGAAUGAACAGCUUGGUGCAACCUCAUAUGUUGGCGGUGCCAUCAUCAUGAUGGCCUGUUUAAUCGGCUCUGUAUCAGAUUUGGGCGAAGAAGAAAAGCUUGCCAUAGCCGAAGGAGCCGUUGUUGUUGAUAUCGACGCUGCACCAAAAAAAUAA